UCCUCCUCCUCCUCCUCGUCUCGGGCGGAGCUUGUGGCCAGAGCGCCAGAAAGGAGGGAACGCGCAAGGAAGAAAGGAGAAAGAGAGGAAGGAAGGAAGGAAAGAAGGAAGGAAGAAAGGCAGACGGAAAGAAAGAGCCUGCCGUUGGAUCUCCAGCCCCGCCGCUUUUUGGAAGGCUUUUCUUUCCCAAGAGGAAGAAGGAGAAGGGAUGCGUGGCCGAUGGGUCGGAAGCUCAAGCCAGGAGGCCCAGCGGAUGCUCCAGUAGCCUUGCUUCCUCAUCACCUUCCUCACCAUCACCAUUUGGGAUUUCUUCUGGAAGGAAAGGCCCAUGGGAUGCUCCAGUCGCAAGACCGCCACUGCUUUCCGCUGUCAACAAUGGCUUCUUUUUUAAGGAAAGGAGGAUAGAUCGGAUGUCCACCGAGACCACCUUUGCAUCUCCACCACCAUCACGUUCAUCGGGGAUUCAAAGGCCUGUCGGAUUCCCCGGUGAGAUCACCUUUCACCAUCAUCAUCAACAUCAUCAUCGUUCUUCGUGAUUGAUUGAAAACAAAGGGGAUCCCAAACCUAGUACCUCCCUUCCCCAAUGCAAAGCCCCCCUCUGCAGCGUCACCACCAUCCCUUCUUCAUUGUGAUUCUUAUCUAAGGGAGGGGGGCCCCCAAGGCCCCGCCGGUGCCUCUCUGCCUCCCACCUCUCUGAUGAAAAUGGAGCCGGAUCUGCUCAGGACUCUGGCUGGUCCCGGGAUGGUCCCACAUCCAGACCCUUUGCUGGGUUUGGAGGCCAAGCGGCACCUCCUCCUGCUCCAAGAGCCCGGGCCGGACCUGGUGCAUAUCCUGCGCCUGAGGAGGAGGAAGGUGGGCGAGGAGGAGGAAGGCCUACGUUGCAGGGAAGAGGAGGAGGAGGAGGAGGAAGGCUUGGAGGCCCAGAAGCCAAGUGCUGAGCAUCAGAGGAAGGACUCUAUAGUUGUGGAUUGGAGCCUUGGCCCGGCCUUGUUGCAAAGCCCCGAGGAAGGCUCAGAGGCCCAGGAACCAGAUGCCGAGCAUCAACAGGGAGACCUGCAUCCCUCUUCAGCUGUGGAUUGGAAACUGGGCUCAGCCUUGAAGCAAAAGCUUAAGGAAGAAGAGGAGGAGGAAGGAUUGGAGGCCCAAGAGUCAAGUGUGGAGCAUCAGAGGAAGGACUCUUUGGCUGUGGAUUGGAGCCUUGGCCCAGCUUUGUUGCAAAGCCCAGAGAAUUGCUUGAAGGCCCAGGAGCUAGAUGCCGAGCAUCAACAGGAAGACCUGCAUCCCUCUUUAGCUAUGGAUUGGAAGCUGAGCUCAGCCUUGAAGCAGAAGCCUAAGGAAGAAGAGGAGGAGGAGGAAGGCUUGAAGGCCCCGGAGCCAGGUGCUGAGCAUCAGCAGAAGAACUCUUUGGCUGGGGACUGGAGCCACAGCCUCGGCCCAGCCUUGUUGCAAAGUCUAGAGGAAUGCUCAGAGGCCCAGGAGCCAGAUGCCAAGCAUCAACAGGAAGACUUGCAUCCCUCUUUAGCUGUGGAUUGGAAGCUGAGCUCAGUCUUGAAGCAAAAGCCUAAGGAAGAAGAAGAAGAAGAAGAGGAAGGCUUGAAGGCCCAGGAGCCAGGUGCUGAGCAUCAGCAGAAGAACUCUUUGGCUGGGGACUGGAGCCACAGCCUUGGCCCAGCCUUGUUGCAAAGUCUAGAGGAAUGCUCAGAGGCCCAGGAGCCAGAUGUCAAGCAUCAACAGGAAGACCUGAAUCCCUCUUUAGCUGUGGAUUGGAAGCUGAACUCAGCCUUGAAGCAAAAGCCUAAAGAAGAAGAGGAAGAGGAAGGCUUGGAGGCCCAGAAGCCUAGUGCUGAGCAUCAGCAAGACUUUUUGGCUGUGGAUCGGAGGCUUGGCCUAGCCUUGUUGCAAAGUCCAGAGGAAGAGGAAGAGGAAGAAGAAGGGGAGGAAGGCUCAGAGGCUCAAGAGCCAAGUGCUGAGCCUCAACAGGAAGACCUGCAUCCCUCUUUGGCUGUGGAUUGGAGGCUGAGCUCAGCCUUGAAGCAAAAGCCAGAGGAAGAAGAAGAAGAGAAGGAGGAAGGCUCAGAGACCCAGGAGCCAGGUGUUGAGCAUCAACAGGAAGAGCUGCAUCCAACUUUGGCUGUGGAUUGGAAGCUGGGCCCGACCCUGCUGCAAAGCCCAGAGGAAGAAGAAGAAGAGGAGGAGGAAGACCAGGAGCCAGGUGCUGAGCAUCAGCAGGAUGACACCUUGUCUAUGGAUUGGAGGCUGGGCCCAGCCUUGAAGCAAAGGCCUGAGGAAAAAGAAGAGGAGGAGGCCCAGGGGCUAGGUGCUGAGCACCAACAGAAGUACCUGCAACCCUCCUUGGCUGUGGAUUGGAGGCUGAGCUCAGCUUUGAAGCAAAAGCAAGAGGAGGAGGAGGAGGAAGGCUCAGAGAGCCAGGAGCCAGGUGCUGAGCAUCAGCAGGAUGACACCUUGGCUGUGGAUUGGAGACUGGGCCCGGCCUUGAAACAAAGGCCUCAGGAAGAACGGGAGGAAGAAGAGGAGGAGGAGGAGACACAGGAGCCAGGUGCCGAGCACCAACAGAAAGACCUGCAACCCUCCUUGGAUUGGAGGCUGACCUCAGCCUUGAAGCAAAAGCCAGAGGAAGGAGAGAAGGAGAAGAAGGAAUGCUCCGAGGCCCAGGAGCCAAAUGUCCAGCAUCAGCAAAAGGACUCCUUUUCUGUGGAUUGGAGGCUGGGCCUGGCCUUGAAGCAAAGCCCUGAAGAAGAGGAGGAAGAGGAGCUGCAGGUGGUGGCCUCCUUCUUCCGCUUGGUGGAUGCUCAGAGUUUGCAACUGGUUGAAGGAGGCCUUGAAGAGGAUGUUGAGGAGGAGGAGCAGGACUUGAGCCAAGCCUCUCUCCCAGCCCCUUCCCCAGACUCCCCUUGGACAGAAGCGAUGGAUCCCCCAAACUGCCAAGAGAGGCGGCGGCGGAGGGGCCGCCGGAGGCAAAAGAGCAGCAGCAGCCCCUCUUUGCUGGACUUGGCUCUGGCGGACCCCCAGUCAGGCUCUGCAAUGGACCUCUUCCCCGCUGGCCCACUGUCCAACCCUAGCCUUGAGUUUGGUCAGGAAGAGGACCAGUGCUUGGCGGAGGAAGGCAAGGACUCCCCUUCCCCGGAGGAGGCCCCUCGGCUGCGGGCUGUCUUCGAGGCCCUGGACCGGGACGGGGAUGGCUUCGUGCGUAUCGAGGAGUUUGUCCAGUUUGCUACCGUCUACGGGGCAGAGCAGGUGAAAGACCUGACCAGAUUUUUGGACCCUGCUGGCCUUGGCGUAAUCAGCUUUGAAGACUUCUAUCGAGGCAUCUCUGCCAUCAAAAAUGGAGUGGAUCCAGACAACCCGCUCUGCGCCAUGGGCUAUGAUGCGCAUGAAGAGGCACCUUCGGCUUGUCCAGAUGAGUUUGAUGACUUUGUAGCAUUUGAGGCCAAUGAGGUGACAGACAGUGCGUACAUGGGCUCAGAGAGCACCUACAGCGAGUGUGAGACCUUCACGGACGAGGACACCGGCACCCUGGUUCACCACGAGAUGCAUGACGACAUAGAAACGGACAGCGCCAUUGACUCCGCGGUGCACUCAGAGUUCACAGACCCCAUUGAGGAACCCGAGAAUGGAUCUCCCUCCCACGACUUAUCCUUGACCUCCGACAUCAACAGCCACUCCAUCGUCACCGUCAUUACUGGGGAGGAGCACUUUGAGGACUAUGGGGAAGGGAACGAGGGGGACCUCUUCUCCGAGAGCCUGUGCAAUGGAGAAAGCGGCUUCAGCAGCUCGUCUUUCCUUUCUCCCAGCACCAACCCACUUGCCGCGAAACUGCACAGCAUUAUCACUGACGAGGCGUUUGAGUUUUACUGUACCCAGUGCCACAAACACAUCAACCGCCUCGAGGAUCUCUCUGCUCGCCUAAGCGAUCUUGAAAUGAAUAGGGUCAAUUCACACAAUAUGCAGGGCAAAGAUGUCUUGCUGCCUGUGAUGCCUGCUGCCAGAGAACUGUAUCCAAAUAAGAGGCUCUCGAGCAAGAAGGUAGCAAGGCACCUGCACCAGACGGGGAGUCUCACCAUCGAUGCUAUGGAGGAGCCUUUCCAGAACAACACCCAGUGCCUGGAGGAGGAUAUCACUGACAAGGUGAUCUUUCUGGAGAAAAGGGUGACGGAGCUGGAAAAGGACACGGCUGCAAAUGGGGAGCAUCACAGCCGCCUGAAGCAGGAAAACCUUCAGCUGGUGCACAGAGCAAAUGCCUUGGAGGAGCAGUUGAAAGAGCAGGAGCUGAAAUCGGACGAAAUCCUCAUGGAAGAAAUCCGGAAGCAGAGAGAACUUCUCAGCAAAAUGGAGCGGGAGAAGAGCAUUGAGAUCGAGAACCUGCAAGCCCGAUUGCAACAGCUGGAUGAUGAGAACAGCGAGCUGCGUUCCUGUGUUCCUUGCCUGAAAGCCAAUAUUGAGAGGCUGGAGGAGGAAAAGCGCAAGUUAUUGGAUGAAAUAGAAGAUCUCACAGUGCAGCUAAAUGCGGAGCAAGAGAACAAGAAGAAACUGGGAGAUAAGCUGAAUCAAGAGAGACAUCAGUUUCAGAAGGAUAAAGAAUCCACACAGGAGCUGAUUGAGGACCUAAGGAAACAGCUGGAACACUUGCAGCUCUUCAAGCUGGAGGCUGAGCAGCGAAGGGGCAGGAGCAGCAGCAUUGGCCUCCAGGAGUACAACAGCCGGACGCGGGAAACGGAGCUAGAGCAGGAGAUCAGGCGGCUCAAGCAGGACAACCGAACCUUGAAGGACCAGAAUGAUGAGCUGAACGGGCAGAUCAUCAACCUCAGUAUUCAAGGCGCCAAGAACCUCUUCUCUGCGUCCUUCUCGGAGUCUCUGGCUGCAGAAAUCAGCUCGGUUUCCCGCGACGAGCUAAUGGAGGCCAUUCAGAAACAAGAAGAGAUCAAUUACCGACUUCAAGACUACAUUGACAGGAUCAUUGUGGCCAUCAUGGAAACCAACCCGUCGAUCCUGGAAGUCAAAUAGAAGCCUCAGCGCUGUGGGCUUGCGAUCCUGAUGGUGCCUGUCUGUCAAUGAUGGAUUUGCUGCUCUAGGAAGAGAACACUGGCAAAAAAAGUCUUUGCUCUGCAAAGAAGGCACAGGAAGCCUCACAUCGGGAUGGGAUGGGUGACAGAUCCUGGUGGAUUUGAGGGAAGAAAAGACCCGCGGUUGAGCCGGCCUCCUUUCCCCCCAGUGACUGAUGGGGGUGAGAUCGGGCUUGGUGGAAGGGAACCUCGAGCAAAGGAAGUGGCCACUGAAUGAGAUGCAAAAGGGGGUGGGGGCAAUGAACGUGAAUGCACACCAGCAGCACCUUGCUUUGAGAAUGUAGCGGACACAGUGCUACAACUUGAAACCCAUUCCCAUCACCUCCCAAGCCAUUCCACCUGCAACAGGUAGAGGAAUUAAGCAGAGAAGGAGGGGAGGGCCGCUAAGUUUCUCAACAUGGCAGUCGUGGUGGGGUGAUAAAGGGACCAGAGGCCCCAAAUGCCUUGCCCAUUCAUCUCUGCUUGACUAUUUCUUCCUGAGAGUUCACCAAGGCGUAUGGGUUGCACUUGACAACACAUUCCUCCGUAGCAUUGUAGAGUUUCUCCAAGAGGUGACGCACACAACAUGAAGCGUGGCUGUGACUUCUCCUUGUUUAGCCAAAGGAAAAAGAGACAGGGCUGCCUUGGGCCCAGGCCUUAUCUAAAAACCUUGGUGUUUCUCUGGCUUUCAGAAACAACUUGUUUCUUUUGGAGCAGAAAAACAUUUUUCAGGGGUCUACCACAGGUAACUUAGGGGGUGUCUUGAUUUUCCUUCCUUGGGCCAGCUGCCUUAAAAAGACAAGACUUGACCGCCAAACAAAAUUGUGGGGAGGUGAGGAGCUGCUGAAAAGUGGAGGGAUUGAGACCCCUGGUGCCAUCUGGUUGACGACUGAGUGGCUGCUGACAGGUGGCCCUUCAAGGCACCUGUCCACCAGGUGAUAUGUAUUUGGCCUGCUGGGUCCAGCCGUCAGGAAGGGGGGAUGCUAAGCCGAUGAUAGUGUAGCACUGGAGGCAGGCCUGAUUCCCCCCAGUUUCUUUCCUCGAUGAAACCACUUCAUUACGCUGUCACGGCACACCUUUUUCUUUACUGCAGAUUGUCCUUUUCUUUGCCUAUCUAUUUGGUCACUUUGAAGCAGGAAUAACAACUGGGAAAGAAAAGGGGGAGGAGGAGAGAAGCCAGAAGACAGAAGCAACAUUCCCAGCUACUGGUACAACCAUGUUGGACACAUCAAAACAUUUUGCUAACUAUGGAUGAAGACUGUGAUAUCCAUUCCUCCCUCUGGUGCAAGAAUUGGCUCUAAAUGUAUGAACCAUGACUGAUUUCUGCAUAUCUUGGGGAGAAAUGAAAGAGUUGUGUUGAAUCUUAUUCUCUCUUGCUCUCCCCUCCUGCCUAUAUAUAUCUCACUAGGAUAUUCUGGGGCAAAAGUGGUGUUUUUCACUCAUUUUCACCCCCCACCCCCGAUUUAUGGGUGGAUGUCAUAUUGCCAAUACCUAAAAGGCACACUAUUUCCACUGAAUUAGAGGGUUACAUUGUUUUCUGUAUUUUUCAAAAUGUGGCCUUGGGACUUGGUUUUAGAGUUCAUGCUUAUUUGGAAGUUUCCUCUUCUUAAUGCACAACUAGGAACAGACUAGUCUUGAAACUUCAUUCAGUGGCUCUUGCUUCACUGUGUCUUUAUUAUGAAAGAGGGAGGAAAAGCACUCUAAAGCCCAGUGCAAGGCUACAGAGUGUCCAAACUGGGAUUCUCCUCACAAGUUAAGUUCUGGAAUGGACUGGAGAGCGGGAGUCUUUUAUUCAUGCUUCUUCUCUAUUGGGAAAAGCAUACUCUCCUCUCCCCCUAAAAAAGACACAAACCGAUUGUGCUGCAUCGAUGAUGAGGUAGCAGUGCCUUCCAUACCUGCCUGAGCCACGCACGCAUCCAGUUCUCAUAGAGAGGUGGCAUUGUUGGCAUUUAAUACAUCUCUUUCCCCUUUGCAAUCAUAAGGUGCUUUAGUCCUCAGUCCGCCAUGUGCAAUAUAAAAUGACACCACCUUUUCCAAAAUUUCCAAGUGGAUCAAGCCUGCAUGGCUGUGACAGACGACAAUACGGAGGAUCAACUUCUUCACACCCACAAUACCCAAUCAUCCUUUCAUGUUUAGCAGUUCCCCAGCUCUCAAUCUUUUGAUCCCCUUCCUUCAGACACAACCUGAACAAAAACAGAGCAGCCAUAUCACAGCUUAUGAUUUAGGAAUAAUAUCUUCAUCGUUUUCUAUUUUGAUGGCCAUCUCCAGUCCUGUGUUGGCAACAAAGAGCAUUUAUAGAAAAAAAAGUGGGGCUGAGGACACUCCUGUUGAAGGCUCCCAACUGAAUUUGUGGAGUACUUUCAACUUUCUGUGUUCAUAUAAACCUUCGAGUAAUGUCUUGGUAGAUGUAAGGGCUACCUUUGUCAUUCUACUCUGUUGUGUUUAUGGCCUCUCAAGAGGCUCUGUAGAUGAAGCAGAAGCCCCAAAGCAGGUUCAAGGUGCUGCUCUUCUACCUGAGAACAGCUGUCUUCUCCUGUCUGCCUCCCUCCAAAUUUACAGUUCUUUUAUCUCUGCUUUAUUGGAAGAGAUUCCUCAGUGACAUGCAAUCUUCAAAAAAUCCACGUUUGGUCUUCACGGAGUACCAGAGCCACACAGAUCCUUGCUAGGCCAUUCCCAACCAUUCCCUUACCACCACCAAAGCAGCAUUUUCCUGCUAGAACAUGUUUACUUACAUUUUGUAAUAAAACAUGAGCGUUCAGUUCUUUUCCUCUAUGGCCAUCUGCCCCUUCCAGUGUUGUUUCCAAUGCAAGCUUGUUCAUAUAGAGCAGGCAUGGGCAAACUUCUGUCCUUCCUCCAGGUGUUUUGGACGUCAACUCCCACAAUUUGGAAUUAUGGGAAUUGAAGUCCAAAACACUUGGAGGGCUGAAGCCUGCCCAUGCCUAAUUUAGCAAGAGAAAGAGAGAGAAAUCCAUGUACUGUACAUUUGCAGAGGAAUUCUGGGUGUAAAUCUGUGUAUACUUGGAGAGGGAAAGAUUUUUCUUCUUUUUCUACCUGGUAGAGUUAGGUAUUUUUUUAUAGCUUGAAGGCCGAUCAACUUUUUUAAUACUUUAAAGAAGAAGAGAGUGAUGCAUCUGUGUAUAAACACACACAAAUCUAUCUCUCUAUAUAUGUAUGUAUGUAUUUAUAAUGUACAAAUCUAUAAAUAAUCAGAUCUGCCUUCCUUGACUUGGGCACAGGCGUCUGUGAGAUCAACACACACUCCUCUCCCGGCCUCCUGGUUAUUGAUCACAAAAGAGGUACUGUAAUGUAAAUAAGUCACAGGAGGGAGGGGGGAAACGAAACCAACAAAAGUGGAGCACUGGCUUGCACACACUGCUUUAAUUUCCUGAGGAAAAGAAAAAAAAAGUUCUUCCCUGCUGGUAUGUGAAGGAAUUUCCAAAAAGGAGACAAAUGGUCUUAUUUGUCAUAUAACGGGUGUACUGACUCUUGUCUGAUUAAAACCUGUUACUGUCUCUUUGCUGGA